CGACUGUUUUCAUGGCUCACGAGUAUAAGUAUAGCACCUGUGCGAAAAUAUUGCAGCACAACAGGGUCACUCCCCCCCACCUUGGAGGUUGCAAUCAAAUUGCACACCGACUGUAACAUGACAUGCUCACCUUGAGCGGAAGCGGUCCCGGAUGUAAAUUACAAGACGAAUUAAUAAUCUCUGGAGGUCUCGGCUUAACCCUCAGCAGUCGGGCGAUAUAUAGCAGCCUACAAAUCUCGUCUCGUCCUGACCAUACCAUGCUAUCACUAGCUGUUUGAAAUUGAUUGCGCUAUCUCGAAAGACAAACAACCCAUACCGACAAAAAUGGGUGGGAAGAUAGCACUAGCAGGCGCUUCGACUGGCCUCGGCGCUUCCUUCGUUGACGCGCUGGUCGAGAAGAACGUGACGGAUUUCGUGGUAUUGUCACGCAAAGCUUCUGAGGACGUGCGGAAAAUUGCGGUCGACUACAAUGACGUUGAGAGCCUUCAACGUGUCUUGGAAGAGUAUCAGAUUGAGACUGUCGUCUCUACGAUAGCAAUUGACACCGAUGACUCGGGCCAGGCUCAGAUGAACCUCAUUGCCGCUGCCGAGCAGGCAAGCUGUACGAAGCGUUUUAUUCCCAGCGAGUUUGGCGCGAUUUACCAAGAAGACCAGCUUGAUUUUGCGCCCGUAUUUAGAUGGAAGUUCAAGGCCAAGGCCGCCCUCGAGGCCAGCAAUCUCGAGUACACGUUGGUCUCGAACAGCCUUUUCCUCGACUACUGGUGUCCCCCGAGCAUCCCGACGCGCCUGACCAGGGCGCCGCCUAUGCUCCUGGACCUUGCAUGCCGCGUCGCCACCGUGCCCGGCGACGGAAACACGCCGAUGGUCCUGACUCACACGCGGGACGUGGCCCGGUAUACUGUGGCACUGCUCGGCAUUCCGAAAUGGGUGACGACUCGGUACACGAUAAUCGCAAACCGCCUCACCUUGAACGAAGCGGUGAAGAUGGCGGAGGAGAUUUUGGGCGAGCCGAUGAAAGUUUACUACGACUCGGUGGAGGACCUUGCCCAGGGCAAAGUGACCAUGACCCCGACGUAUGAGAAGGCGAUCAAAGGCACGCCGAGGGAGAAGCCUGUGACAUAUGCGGUAGCAAUGGCGAGCCUGUAUAUUCACAACGGCCACAACGACCUUCCCACGGAGCACAACCUGGUCGACAUGUUUCCAGACAUUAAGCCCUUGACCGUUCGCGAGGUCAUCGAGGCUUGGCGCUAGGGUAUGGCAUUGCAGCUCAAGUGUUUCGUUUUUAGACCAAGAAUUAAAUUCUUUUAUUUGGUCCAAGUAUGCGAACCUUUUCUGCCGCCGUAAACUGGCUCAAUUACCUGACUGUUGCUUGAGAUGGACGGCGUAUACUUGUCGACGUGACUUUCCAAACCGUUUCUGUAAGGACACUGAGAUGAUAAAGUGCUCGAAAAAAAAAACAACUGUCAAAGACUUUGGCCCAAAAUAUAGUAGUGAGAUUUGGGACAACAAACUCCAUGUAAAUGGAAAUGGAAUUGGAAAUGGAACUGCAUAGAUAGUGUAAGCAAAAAGGAAGAGGGAAACAAAAACAUACAACACCGAGGAUUCCCCAGUGGUCACCCACCUGAGUACUAGUUCGGCCCUCACUGGUUUGACUAGGGGAGAGCGGACGGGAUCCC